ACUCAAAGUUAUUUUGCUCACUUGUUUCAUGAUAGGACUUAUCAGGGAAAUUGGAAGAGGGACUUCUUUCUUUGCGGUACUAGCAUCAAUUUUUCCAGGGCGAUGGAGCAAGCAGCUUUGUUCUCUUCGCUGGAGCAUGCCAUAUCAUUCGCAAGAGACUUAUGGUUCAACAAGUUGCCUAUUAACUCAUGGCUGGAUGAAUUCGCUACACACAUGCACAUAGUUGAGGCUGUUAGCAAAUCUCCUGAAUCAAUUAUGAAGACACGCUAUGAGAAUAGUUUUAUUGUUGAACUUGAAAUUAUGUCUCGGAAGGAAUUCAUUCUUAUAGAAAGAAAGAUUGCACGACUUUGGGAGCGUUUAUCUCGGGACAAGAUUCAAGAGACUUCAGAAGAAACAGGGGAGAUAGUUCAAUAUUCAGUGCAGGAAGAAGAUGUUGUACCAGAUGAUAGUUCUAAUGAGGUUGUUUUUACUUAACACAAUGCUUCCAUGCUAACUUUUGACCUUAAUGAAACAAAAGAAGAGAAUGAGGUCUUUUGACUCAUGUUGUUUGUUUGAUAUUUUGACUUGGUUUUUAAAUACCAAUUUGGUGUUUGGGCUUUAAUUUGAUCUUGUUAGAUACCUUUGAUUUAUGACGAUCUUGAUUGGACCUGUUUAUU